AUCGACGACUCUCGUUUCCUCUUUGGUUUGCCCACAUAAUUACGAACCCAUUGUUUGAUCAUCCUUUCAAUCGCGAUCUCGUUUCAGAUCCGCUUCACUGGGUUCGUAAUCAGUUGACCAUUAUAGCAACCGGUUAUUGUCGAGUGUGCUGUUAAGGGUAUAAGGCACCUUUAAGGCAACUUUGAUUCAUAUACAAGAUGGAGGCAAAACAAGCUGAACCAUCGUCUCUGCCGCAAGUUGCAGCUGAGAGUCAGCAACCUGCACCUACAAGGCCCGAUACUUCUGUUCAAGAUACAUCAUCUUUACUUUCUGCUUCUGGUAUCACAUCCUGGGCGAGAAACCUCAAAAUUCCUCAAUCAUCUAGCGAAGAUGAUACACAAUCUGGGAAUUCUACGAAGUCAGCAUUUGCUCGUUUCACUAGUGGGUUUGGAUUGCGGAUGUCUCCAAAGUCGCCUACACAAGAUGAUAAUGCUGAGGAAAGCUUAACAACUUCACAACCUGGUGUCUUGGGAUCUUUUACAAAAGGAUUGAUGGACUCAUCCAGGAGUGCAGUAAAGGCAGUGCAAGUUAAGGCCCGUCAUAUGGUCUCUCAGAACAAAAGGAGAUACCAGGAAGGUGGAUUUGAUUUGGAUAUGACUUAUAUUACGGAGAAUAUUAUUGCAAUGGGCUUUCCUGCUGGUGAUAUGAGCUCUGGUUUUUUUGGAUAUGUAGAGGGAUUCUAUCGUAAUCAUAUGGAAGAAGUGAUCAAAUUCUUUGAGACUCAUCACAAGGGAAAGUACAAGGUGUACAACCUUUGUUCAGAGAGACUGUAUGAUGCAUCCCUAUUUGAGGGGAAGGUGGCUUGUUUCCCUUUUGAUGACCAUAACUGUCCUCCCAUUCAAUUGAUCAAAUUAUUCUGUCAAAGUGCCUACUCAUGGUUAAAGGAGGAUAUUGAAAAUGUUGUCGUUGUACAUUGUAAAGCUGGGAUGGCAAGGACUGGUUUAAUGAUUUCUAGCCUCCUCCUCUACCUGAAGUUCUUCCCAACUGCUGAGGAGUCCAUGGAUUACUAUAAUCAGAAAAGAUGUAUAGAUGGAAAAGGGCUUGUUCUCCCAAGUCAGAUUAGAUAUGUUAAAUAUUUUGAGCGCAUCUUGACAUACUUUAACGGUGAAAUCCAACCAGGUCGUAGAUGCAUGCUUAGGGGCUUCCGUCUUCACAGAUGUCCAUAUUGGAUCAGACCUUCAAUCACUGUUUCCGAUCACAGUGGGGUCCUCUUCUCAACAAAAAAGCAUCCGCGAACCAAGGAUCUUCUGCCUGAAGAUUUCUGGUUCACUGCACCAAGGAAGGGAAUCAUGGUUUUUGCUUUGCCUGGGGAACCAGGUCUGACAGAGUUGUCUGGUGACUUCAAGAUUCAUUUUCAUGAUCGUCAAGGAGAUUUCUACUGUUGGUUGAAUACAACAAUGAUGGAAAACAGGAAAAUCUUAACUACGUCUGACCUUGAUGGUUUUGACAAGAGGAAAUUACCAUCACCAGGAUUCCAAGUCGAGGUCGUCCUGGUAGAUUAUGAUGGUACUCAACCUCCAAGGCGUACUGCUGCCGCCCAAAAGGAAUCUGAUGGGAGCUCCACUGAAACUGCUCAAGUGGAGAGCACUGCACCAUCUCCCGACCCAAGCAAGAACUCAGUGAACCAGGAUAAGGAUGAUGUCUUCUCCGACAGUGAGGCGGAGGAGUCUGGGUCUUCAAAGGGACGCCGUUCUCAGGGGGCCAGUAGUGCUGCUGGACCUGCCAACACCAGCCAGAAAUCUGAAGCCAAAACUAUGCAAGAGGAAACAUCAAAUAUAGCGCAGGGAGUAAAGCAAGUUUAUCUUAAAAGCGAAAGCGGUACACAGGCAAGCAAGACUGAUGAGCUGAAAAAUGAAAGAAAUGUCAAGAGCCCCACAACAUUAGAGUCCCCAAAGUUGAAACCUAAUGAAAUGAGUGAGUUCAAAGCAAUAGCUGCAGAUGCUUCUGUUUUCUCCUUUGGGGAUGAAGAUGAUUAUGAAAGUGAAUAAACUGCAGUCCAACUUUCUCCACAUUGUGUACAUAGAUGGUUAAGAAACUUGAAACCAGGGAGAACCAUGGGUCAUGGCAUUUCUUAUAGCAGUGCUGAAAUUUGAUUUAUUCCUUUCUUUCGUUACCUGUCCAAUUAUAUUUGUAUUUGUUUGAAGAUGUUUUGUUUUAUAAGUAUUGAAAGGAUGGAGCACUCUUUUCUUUUCUUGAA